GUACCAACGCACCCUUGAGGCAGUGGCAUGGGUUCAGUCUGACAAAUUCCCGACAUCACCAAACCGCUAAGUCCGAUGCCGAGAAACAGACACCAGACCACACCAUGAAUGAAUUCCAGAUAAAGGCUCGACCGCCGCCAUUCCUGAAGGAUAACGCCGUGCGCCGUUGGGCGGAAGAUGACGUUGAGUGGCCGGCCACAUUCCAAUGCGGCGAUGAUCUCGAGGACCCCGCAUCCAAUGUGCUGACCUUCCUUGCCCUCGAUCUGCAGACUGUGAAACUAGACAGUCUACACAAGCAUCUAUGGCUAGCUGGACUAAUGCGGCCAGCGCGUCCGCUUCAUCGGCAGCGUCUGCUGGGACGCACAAUUCUCAUCACCGAGCGGCCAGAUGAACACCUAGUGUGGCACGAGAAAUCGAUCUUUAUCAAGCCGCUGCCCGAGUGCCUCCUAAGCUACGAAUUCUGGACGACCAGCAUCUGCCCUCACGAGGCCUUGUAUCGCAGUGCCUCAGGGAUCUUGCGGUCGUACACCUGGCUCAUACGCUCCAAGUCCGACCUCACGAUCGCACACGAGACUGGCCUUCUGCCCGCCGAUGUUGACUGGACCUCUUGGACGCUUAUCGCACGAGACGUCAUCCGGCACCAGAACCACGAGAAGACGUGGCGCAUGGACGGCGCCGACCAGCACCGAUAUAGCUACGGCGAGCUUCGCCUGUCCCGCCUCAACACGCUCUGCCGUGUCCAAGCGGCUGCGAGACUGUCCGCCCGAGAUUUCGUGGGCGGCUACAUGACGGGCUCACAGAGGUACACGACCCUCUUCGAGCGCAACUUUGGCUGGCUGCUGGCCGUGUUUGUGUACAUCACGGUCGUGCUCUCGGCGAUGCAGGUCGCGCUAGCGACAGGGCGGUUCGAGGAGGACGAGCGGUUCCAGCAGUUCUCGUACGGCGUGGCAGUCGCGUCUAUCGCCCUUGUUGCCGCGGCGACCGCCCUCGCGCUCUUGGUCUGGGCUGGGCUUUUCUGGUUCCACCUACUCUCGAGCGUCUACUAUAACAGGCGGGUAGUAUCGCGUGGACAGCCGUGAGAAGAAGCAUUAUUUCAAGGGGAUGCUCCUCGCGUAUUACACAAAUCUUUAAUAGGCUCAUGCAUGAUAAGAAACACAUGGAUAUUCAUCCAAGUACACUACAGAAAAAGCCGUCUAUACAGGACAAAAUUAGGAUUGGAGAAACUGGAGUUCCACAAUUUGUAC